CUCUCUCCCGCCUUUGCCCCAGCAGGUUGUUUGCAAAGGUCAAUCCCAGCGGCUGCCGCCGCCGCCACCGGGCUCGGCUGCUCUUGGCUCAGUCCUCGAGGUACGUAGUCGGGGGAACAUCCUCCCCGCUGCUCCGGGGAAGGGCUGGCAGGGAUGCUAGGAGGUGCAUUGGAUGUCAGACGAGGAAAUAUUCCAGAAUUUUACCUUUUUUUUUUUUUUUUUAAAUAAUUCUGCUUAUGCUGUGGUUUAUUUUCCUCUCCCUGAGAUAAAGAGUCAUUAGGAUUUCUCGGCGAUGCUUUUAAACCUUGCUGUGCAUUUCUCUAUCUGUAUGAGACUUCCACUUGUGCUGGGGAUUUACUCAACACACCAAAUGCCUGGGAAGUUACAGGGCAGGCAGCUGCACAGGGACCAGUGAUCCUCCUCGUCCUCACUUAACUCCGUGUGGGAGCAGAAGGCACUGGCCAAUCCUGCCAGCCAGGCCAGCAUGUCUGUGCUCCACUUGCCCCUGUACCUCACUGCCCUGGGCUUCUGGAUAACACAGCAGUCCAGCUCCUUCCUGCUGCCCAAUGCCACCGAGGUCCUGUCCCCCGCCGGGGACAGAGCCGCGGGGCUGCUGUGGGGCACAGGGGUCCCCCGGAGCCGUCGGAAGCGAUACCUCUCCCCCCGCGACAUGAGCGUGAUUUUGGACUACCACAACCAAGCGCGGGCACAGGUGUCCCCCCCUGCCGCCAACAUGGAGUAUAUGGUGUGGGAUGAGCAGCUGGCCAGGGCAGCAGAGGCGUGGGCUGCGCGCUGCCUGUGGGACCACGGCCCCCGCCAGCUGAUGAGAUACGUGGGGCAGAACCUCUCCAUCCACUCGGGCAGGUACCGCUCCGUCGUGGACAUGGUGAAAUCGUGGCACCAGGAAAAGCAGCACUACUCCUUCCCCCACCCCCACGAGUGCAACCCCCGCUGCCCCUCCAAAUGCAGCGGCUCUGUCUGCAGCCACUACACGCAGAUGGUGUGGGCAACAUCCAGCCGCCUGGGCUGUGCCCUCGGCUCCUGCACCAACGUGCGGGUGUGGGGCAGCACCUGGCGACACGCAGUCAUCCUCGUCUGCAACUACGCCAUCAAGGGCAACUGGCUGGGAGAAGCACCGUACAAGGUGGGGCGGCCCUGCUCAGCCUGCCCCCCCACCUACGGCGGCAGCUGCUCCAACAACAUGUGCUUCACCGGCCUCAAAUCCAACCAAGUCAGCUGGUUCUAGGGCUGCAGUGCCACAAAGAAGCCUCCAGGGAUGGGGACAGGGUGAACCGGAAUUAUUUAUAACACUGUGUCUCUCCGCAGCUGCUUUGGCCGCCCCUCGGCCCCCUCCCUGCCCCAUGUUCGGUGUCCUCAGCAGCCCGGCUCUCUGACCUGCUUCAUCCCUAGAGCCAUAUAGGAAACGGCUUUUUUAACACAUUUCCUCCGGCAGCAUUUGUGUUGUGCGGCUGCUUCCCAUUUGGGGGAAAACAGGGAUGGUUCAGGUCCCUAUUUCCUGAAACAGGGAUGGUCUGGGGGCGUGUGGAGGGAGCAGGGCUGCCUGGCAUAGUCCCCACUCUGCAGAUUCGGGGGGCUUUCCCCACUGCCCCCCACCUGUGCUAAGGUAGUGGCUGGUGUAAGUGAAUACAAACACCUUCCCCUCGUAGCAAGCAGCUGGAGAAGUGGUAGCCCCGAGUGUGCCCCCACUCCACAGCAGCCCCUCCAGCCUCAGGGCCCUGGGUCCGAGCCCCCCAA